AUGCCCUCCCAGAUCGCCAUUCUCCUUCCAGUAUAUCUCUCUGUUGUCGGCAAUGGAUUGUUGUUUGGGAUUGCUUGUAUGCAAGCCUUCCAGUACAGUCUGGGUCUGAACGCGGGUCAUCUCGGCCUUGUUGUGACCGCGAUGUGGGAGGUCUUGGAGCAUUGGCCGACGAACGCGAUCGCACUCAGCAUGACGCUACUUUGGGCUGAUCUCGUGACCGCAUUUAUGGCGUUUGCCUCUCAGCUGUUCUUCGCUGGUCGGAUCUAUAAAUUUCUAGGCAGAACUCGUCUCGCAUUCGUAAUCCUAGCUGUCUUUACGAUUUCUUCUCUCUACCAACUUGGAGGAUAUAUCGCGUUUACGGUCCUUUGCGCAAAGACCAAAUUGAAUGCCACAAUGUUUCAAUACGAGAAAUUAGUGUGGUCAAUUUGGGGGAUGGCAGCGGGCCAAGAUAUCUUGAUUUCGCUCAUCCUCAUCGGCCUCAUUUACCAUCACGGUUCAAGGAGCCUCCCAAGCACUGUGCAAUUGGUUCAACGUGUCACCAUCUUCGCUAUUAACACUGGCUUGUGGACAUCUCUGUGUGCUUUAUUUGUCAUCAUAACUAUGGUCGCAUUUCCUUUGAAAGAAGCUUGGAUAGGCCUUUAUCUUAUGAUCUGCCCACUCUACUGCAACACCGUUCUCGCUAAUCUGAACGGUCGCAAUUAUAUUCGAGGAACGAGCACCAUAGCGCUGAAUACACUCGAGUUACCAAGUUCGAAGAGUGGGUCUACGACUCAUCAGGACGUUGAACCACAGGUGUCGAAUAUCGUGUUUGCCAGUCAUUCAGGAGCGAUUGACUCUAGGACCAAUGGAUCGCAACUGGAGGACUUGGACGACAAGGUUUAA